AUGUCUACACCAUCAAACUCUACUCGGCGAGCAGUGGAGAAGAAUCGCAUUCGGAUCCCCUCGUGUGAGCCCUGUCGCUUAUCCAAACUCGCCUGUGAUCACAAGCGUCCAGCAUGCUCCCGUUGCAUCAAUCGUGAGAUCACUCAGCAGUGCGUCUACAGAAAGAACCCAUUCAAAAGACAUCGGCCGAUUGUGGUCUCUGAGCAGCAUCAUGCACUUCCAACAAGCGCGCCGAAUGGCACGUCCCCUGAAAGACCAGUGGCCACUUUUCAAAUGAAACCGUAUCCAAACCCAGGUUACCAAGGAUCAUCAUCUCUCAAGACGGUGUUGGAUAAUCUCGGCGACCAUCUAGCCGUAAGGAUCGACACCUCCCGACCUCAUGUUAACGACCAACAGUCGUCACGAGACGCUGUACUGCGGGCAGACAGCUCCAAGAUGGUUGAGGAGGGGGUGCAGUUACUAGAGACAUUUCUUGAUUACCUUGCUGACGAUGCUUUUCGACAACUUUUCUCUGAAGCGAAAGGGAAUGGGCUACAAACCCAUUUGGGGACCUUUUUGCUCUUUCCCUUCUUCGAAAGCCUGGCGAACGAGAUUGAUAUUAUACGACAAUCUGAAGAUCGGCAGUCAAGCUUGUUUGCACUCUCCCAACGUCUCUUUGAAAAAGCAAAUCAACCCGUUGAGAUCCAUAGCGCCAUGACUCUUGAAGAAUUCGCAGCCCAGUAUACAGGACUGAAUCUGCGAUGGGAGACAGUCGGUUUGAUCAUUACUUUGGCAGGCAUUGCCUCGACUGAGAUACGAGUUCCACAUCCCGCCUGCAAAACAGAAGAGGAACGUCAACUGCUGAGGACAAACCUCGUUCAUUUGACCAACAAGUGUGUCGGCUUCUGCGAUUCUCUGGACACCUUGAAUGAUAUCACCAUGAUAUUCAUAUAUGAAAGCUUUCUACUUGCGUCAAUAUUCUACGGUGAUCAAAGUUUCAAGGCUUGGAGAAGACUUAAUCAUGCCUCUAGCGCACUCUUUGCAGAUGGGCUUCAUGAAACCGCCAAAGAAAAGGAGUACCUCCCUUUCUUCCUAACUCAACUACGCCAGCAAAUCUUUGCUCGAAUAUAUGGAUCCGAUAUCAGUUUUGCUGUUUUUCUCGGUCGGCCUCCGCGGGUGAGCAAACGGUUCUGUUAUACGAGUAUGCCUCUCGACAUUGAAGAGGAUACAUAUAGUCUAGUAGGAGAGGCUUUGGACCAGGAAUUAGCGCACCUAGACCGAAAUGGUUGGAACGCACUCGGCCAGAUCAGGAAAAGCGCUGUCAUACGAUGGACCAUGAUUACCUCUAUGAUCCGUGAAGAUGCUUUAGAAACAUUGCUUGGACGCAAUCUCACUAAUGUCCUACAGCGAAUUGGUGAACUUCAGGCGAAGAUUGAUCAUGCAUGGAAAGACCUUCCCCCAUUUCUGACCAUUCCAACCCGAGAUCUUUGGCUAAAAGGACGCUCUUGCCAUGAGGUAGACACGUUGCAUCAAAUCCGUUUACUUUACCUCAAUACCACGUUUUUGAUCGAAUGGGCAGGUUCGCGGCAUGGUCUUCAAGAUACCGGAGCAUUGUUUGUCAAUGCUAGCGAACUGCUUUCAUGGGUUAUCGAAGCUCUAGUCAGACGAGAACAGUUGUCCGAGAUAGGAUUGAUUUCUCUAGCAUGGAGGGUUGCUUCAUGUGCUCUACCUGCCGCCGGUGCUAUUGCCUGGUAUCUCCUACAGCCAUCAUCCCGCGUGGGCUUCAAUCUCGACUCAUCAUCAAGACGACGCAGCAUAGAGAACCUCUCAGUGCUCAUUGCUCAUAUGGGAGUUCUGCAUGAUCCUGGUGACGGCAAUUAUCAGCUUUUCUGUCAUGCAAAAAGUGCUCUUCAAUCUGCAAUGGACACUAUCCUCAGUCCGCCAGAUCCUGGUCAGCCUGAAAAUUCCCUGGAGAUGUUAUCCUCAGCUGCAUUAUCGCCAGACUGGAUUUUCUCGGAUUACUUAGGGCUUGGGGUUGAUUCUUGGAUCGGUCUUCCGGAUCGUGGGUCUUUUAUGAGAAUGGAUGAUAAUAUGCCGUAUUGA